GUUAGGUAAAGAAAGGCAAAUGAAAAUCAUACAAUAGAAGGAUUUCCUAUUAUUUAUUUCUACUUUUAUUAAAUUAUUAAGGAAUAGCAUAUGCAAAUCAUUUCCAGCAUGUGACAUGGAUGAUCAACACCAACAGCUGUUGCAGCAGCUGAAGACGACGGUGGAAGGACUGCUGAUCAGUCAGGUGUCUAAUGUGUGGCACGUUUAUGGCGGACUCAACCGCCUGCACAACAUCAUGUGCAAGAUCUUUAGACAUGGCUGCAAAACUCUCAGCCAACAGGGGGAGCCAGAUGUGUGGAUAUUCAUACAAGGAUUGAGUUGGCUUCAACCCACCCUCGCUGCCUCCCCUACAUUUGUAUUGGACACAGCCAAGGGAGUUAAGGAUAAGGCGGCCAACUGGCUGUACAAAAGCCUGGAGAGUCACUCGCUGUCACAGAAGCUGUCUUGGUUGUUGUCUGAUAAGGAACACCUGGCCAGCUGCUAUGAACCCUCGGCCUUCCUGUGUCAGCCCAGGUACAGUGAGGCGACUCUCAUCUGUCUCAGGGCUGUGGAGGAGAAUCAGCUGUCUCUGCUGACUGACAUUGACCCUAGUCUGUUUCUGUCCAAGUGGAAAGCUCACCGCCGAUGUUCGUCUUUCCCCGAUGCGAUGCAGAGAGCGGCAAAACUCAAACACAAACUCGUCCCCCCUGACACAGAGUUGGCAGCCAUCACUCCCCCCACUCCUGCACCUAUAUCCGCCACUGUAGAGUCUACGCUGAGCACAUCGGAGGUCAAGGAGAAACGUGACUCUCCUGUCCUGCGAGCAUGGCGAAGUCUUCCUAGUCUUCUAGAGGCGAUCGGGAAGAAAACAGAAGAGCGAGAGAGACAACCUAAAAGCGCACCUGUAUCCAGAAGACCUUGUACUCUCCCAUCAUCCCCAGCUAUCCAUCGAGUACAGCCCUCCCCAAAACCGCCAGAACAGAAAACACUGUCUCCGAGUGUUCUGAAAAUAGACUAUAAACAGUUACAGAAAGAAAGCACAGUUAAGAAAGGAAUUUUGAAGAAAUCGAAGAGCAACACAAAUGAACUCAUUGUUAUGAAAGACGUGUCAAGAAGUGAACCGAUAAAAAUCAAAUUGAGCAAACAUAACGAAGUGAAUAUUUCCUUAAGUAGUAAUGGUAGUUCGGACAUUCUAGAACGACGGAGAAGUCACAAGAGCAUACAUGAAAUCACCAACAGUAUCUAUGAAGAGACUGAUAGUUCGUAUGUGGACAGUUCGUCGCAGAACAGUUUCUCACAUAGAGUGAGACUCAAAGGUGGAGUGAGAUGUGGUAUAAAGAACAGCAGGAGGAAGAGUUUCAUGGAGUCUGGAGGUAACAGUGUUCAGCCGAUGUCCACUGGUUACUUCCCCAGACCUACGCAGGGUCAGAGCCUGGCCAGCUUCUUGUCCUCAGGUCAGUUUGCAGGAGCCAAAGCUGAGCUGGACAGGGAAAACGCACAUUUUGCCAUCUCCGAGGCCAUGAUUGCCGCUAUUGAACAGGUGAAGUUUAACAUGUGGGCAAAAGUAGCAGAAGACACGAUUGAGGAAAGCGAUGAAGAAAUCAAUAAUUUGAAGCAGCGAAUCAGAUUGCGGCGAAGGCAGAAACAGGAGGAGAGGAGGAGGAAUGUUUUAGGUCUGUCGCUACUGAGCGAUGGCAAGACUGACACCACAACCACAGAAAGUGUUUCUCCACUUUCCACAUCUCCUGGAGGUUCGUCUGACAGUAUCUCAACAGAUGGUGUAGAUGACCUUGAGAUAGACGAUAACACCAGUAACCUCAACAAGCUUAACCAGUCUGGGUUGUCAGUGUCGCUGGCAUCUCUUUUCUCCGAGGCAGAGUUGUCUCGUCCACCGCAACGUGACAGUGAUGUAAUGUCAGGGACUGGGGUGACAGCUGAGGGUGUCGCGUUGGCACUAUUGAGGCGAUUCAGUGACAAACAGCUACCUCGCGCAUCAGACAUAGAGUGGCUAGUCAGCGAACAGGAUGCUUGUGGCCAGCGACUGUUGCCACUGCCCACAAGUGUGCCAGUAAGUCCAGACGAGGCUGAGGAUCAGGAUAUGAGGAAAGCGACCCCACUGCGGGGAACUGUGGAGUGGGCCCCGCCUCGGCCACAGAUCAUCUUUACCGCCCACCCCCCUCCAGAACGGCGCAUUCUUAUGGCCAAGCAGAACUACAGAUGUGCAGGCUGUGGUCUAACAGUUGCGCAGCAGUACGCAGGCAGGUUUAGAUACUGUGAGUAUCUCGGCCGAUACUUCUGCACCGGCUGUCACACCAAUCAGCUGGCUGUCAUACCUGGAAGAGUGAUACAGAAAUGGGACUUUACCAGAUGUGCUGUCUCCAAUUUCUCGUACAGACUGCUGGACCAGAUGGCCAGUGAUCCGUUGUUUAACAUCCUGGAUCUCAACUCCGGAUUGUACUCUCGGGUGAGAGCACUGGAUAGAACCAGGGUGUACAGGAUACAGCUGCACUACCUCAAGGACUUCCUCAACACAUGCCGUUUUGCACUACAAGAAGACGGUUGUCUACAGGAUUUUUUGAGGUCCACUCCCCCAUACUUUCUGAUGGAUCCCCAUGUCUACUCCAUCCAAGACCUGAAGCAGGUUAAGAUCGGAGAGAUGACUGAACAACUGAAACUCCAUGUAACCGCUGCCUUGGCUCAUGUGGAGGAUUGUGUGUUGUGCCAAGGACGAGGGUUCGUCUGUGAGGUGUGCAACAAACCCGAGGUGAUAUUCCCCUGGCAGCUGAUGAAGGUGGACAGGUGUAACAGCUGUGGCAACUGUUUCCACUCUGACUGCUACAAGGUCGGCACCACUGCUUGUGGUAGAUGCUUCAGACUGACCAAGAGAAAGAACUCCAUCCUCACAUCACCUGUUGAAGUGUCAUAGCGAAGACUGAAGUUCCAUCCAAGGAAGACUGAGAAUUUGUCGUAACACUGUCUGUGAUUUACCUGGUAGCUUAUGAAAAGUGAUAAAUGAAAAAAUAUCAAGAUUUUGCUCAAUGUGAGUUAUCAAUCAAAUACUAUAAAAGGCCUGGCCUGAUGUAUUAAGGAGUUAAUAAUUUGGUUAGGCUGGAUAGAGUAUGUUAAUUGAAUUUUGUGUUACUUUUCUUUUUCCUUCUGUGGUUUAGAACAAAUUAUAUAUAGUUUAAGUAAACCAACCUGUUAUCAUAUUCUAUCAAAAUGUUAUUCUAGCGGUACCAAAGAUGCAGAAGAAGUAAGUUAAAAUGAUCUUAACUUUUGAUAUGUUAGGUUAUUUUAUUUUUAUUUUAUUGCUUGGUUUAUUAUUGUAUGCUAAUGAUUUGCUCUUAAUCCGUUACUUUACAAACGAAGCUGGAUUAUUGUAAAACUAAUUGGAGGGUGAGGAUUACAAUACUGUGAUAUGAUCUGUUAAGUAUAAUUGCACAUUUGGUAUGAGCAGCUCUUGUUAACUCACUUAGGUCUACAUUGUAUCAGAAAUUACAACUUUUUAAUGGACUUGCAGGUAAAGAGUUAAAAUAUUUACGAAUAUUGUACCUAUAUUACUAUAUAGGUAUACGAUUGAGAUAGUAAUUAAUAAACUAGCUGCAUUGUAGGAUAAUUUAGCUACCUUCAAUUAAUGUGUGGUUCGAUUUAUUUUGGAUCAAAGUUUUCUGCCAUAAAGUACUCAAAUCAAAAUAAGAUGCCACGGCAAAAUCUGACUGUUGUCUCAUGCCUUCACUCACUACAGUUAGUUGUAAUUCAAUAUAUUUGAAGACACUUAGCUAAAGGCAUUUAUAGCCUUCCAACAAAAAGACUGGUGUGUACAGUAGGUACUCUUUUAUCCACCAUUUUAAGGAUUUUGGUUAAACUGAAUAACUAGUUUUAGUCAUUUUAACAGAAAGUUAACAUAUUAGUUAUUUACUAUGUUACUAUAAAAAUACCAACAUAAAUGGGACCUUAAUAAACAAAAGAGAUGUUUUAGGGGGUCAGCUAAUAUUUAAUAACUUAAUUGCAGUAAGCAGAUUUUUAAAACACUAUUCCUUUUAAAAUGAAUUCCUUGUGACAGGAAGGAUCAACCGAUGUCAGUUCAUUUGAUGUUAUAUAAAUCAAAAGAGUGCCUACUGUAGUUACGUUUACAGAUUCCUCUAGAAUGUAUGUGUUUGGUUUGGCCAGUAGGUUAAGCACUGCGGGAUGAAAAAACUGUUAGUGAACCUCUAAUACAGUAAACUAGUUUAUCGAAAUUGGUCUGUUCUGUUUUGCACCGUCCCAAAGUCAUAUCAAAGUUGGUGCUUUUUGACUGCCAUAAUGUGAACGUUUGUGUAGAUCAGGUCUUUCCUAGCUCUGAGGUUGCAAGGUAGCCUACAUUAGGCAACUAUAAUUGUAUUGUUAUUGUUAGCUGUCUUGUGAAACGCCUAUCCUAUUGUACAAUUGUGUUUUAUUUUUAUACUAUAUUCUAACAACAAACUACGAGUGAAUUCUCGUAUCACAUCACUUAAUAUUUUUAGAUUACUGUAAUACAAUUUUGAACAUAAACAUUGACAUCUAAGUUUUAAGAAUGAACUUAUUUUAUAAUUAAUUAUAAUUAACUAAGUUCGCAAGUU